AUGGGGAAGGGAGCCCAGAUCCUGCUCGGCGCUGUCUGCAUCGGCCUCGGCGUGCCGCUGAGCUUCGUUGACCUACCCUACUACUACAAGCAGUCAAUCUAUAACGGAGUCCCUUUCUGGAUGGGUGGCCUGUUCAUCCUCUCCGGCACCUUCUCGGUGGUGGGCGCACGACGCGGUGGAUACUGGGUCCACCUGGCCACCUUCCUCAACCUGGGCAGCGUCGUGGCCGGCUCGGUGGCCUUCUCGUUGGGCUUGACGGAGUUCGUACCCUUCACCUACGAACCCUACUGGGUUGUGGAGCUCUGCAAGCACAGAGUGGAGGACCGGGGUUACCGCUCGUGGGAACCGACCACCAGACCUCCGUACGACAACGAGUGGGACCAAGAGCGGGUCAGGCAGUGCCAGAAGGCUCUCUUGGGGCUCGUGCGCAUGUGGAGCAGCACCCUGAUCCUCCUGCUGAUCGUGCACAUCGCCGCUCUGGCCACCGCCCUCUUCUGCUUGGGAUACGGCCUGCGCCGCCUGAGUUGCUCCUGCUGGGGAGGCUGGCGGGACUACGUGGCCCUGGAGGACCCAGACGUCUCUUCUGCGCCCGAGGAUCCGGGCAAAGAGCAGAGCCCUGCCUGAGGGGCACGGAGGGAAGCCCCCCAAGCCCAACGCCGGCCUUUGGCGCUUCCCCGGGACCAAAGAGCAGCUGAAGGACUUCCCAGCCGCGACUCCCGAACUCCGCUACUCCAAAGUUACCCACCGCUUCUCACGCAAGCAUUCUCCUCCUGCACGCAGUGAAUAAAAAAAGA